CAGUUAAUAUCCUCAAGGUGCCUGAUGUUUCAAUAUGACAAAGAAACUGGAAAGUGGCAAAGAAAAGCCCGUGGUAACAUAAAGAUUAUACGAAACCUUUCUAAAAGGCAGUUCAGGGUAAUUGUGAUAGAAGACCAGGUAAGGAAUGUUUAGAUCUUCAUAUCUUUUCAAUAAAGCUUAAACUAAAUACCACUUUAAUUUAAUAACAUUUCAUGUGCCUUAAAUUAUUGUUUCGAAAAUUUGAUUUAAAAAAAUAUAUUUUACUGUCAAAAUUUUUCUGUAAUUAGAAGGCUUUCACAAGCAUUUAACAUUUUCUGAAUUCAACAUGAUGCUCAGGUUUACAAUUCCUUGAUGUAAAACCAUUUACUUAUAACGUAAUGGGCCUAUUGCUCAAAUAAAAAUUAAUCCCUAAAACUAAAAGAACAUAAGCAUUAAAAAUGUUUUUUUUUCAAAUUUAUUAUACGCAGAUCUGCACAUUGUGUGCGAACCAUACUAUUACCUCAAACAUGAGGCUGCUACCGAUGUCAAAAUCUGAUCGCAUGGUUUAUUAUGAAGCACUAGAUGUUUUAGGAGAAAAGAUGGAAGUUAAGCAAUUUGCCAUCAAGUUUAAGAACAAGCAAAAAGCAUUACAAUUUCUGGAUUUGUUUAAUGCUAGUCAAACAAUGGACCCAGAGCAUGAUAUUGCUAACCACAAAAUGGAACCAUAUCAUUAUAGUGCUAGCCAAAGAAUGUACCCAAACUAUGAUAGUGC